UCUUACCGCGGUUAUGCUAGUGGACAAAAUUCAAGAUGUCGCGUGGUACCAGCGCUGGGUUUGACCGACACAUAACAAUUUUUUCGCCGGAAGGACGGUUAUAUCAAGUUGAAUAUGCUUUUAAAGCCAUAAAUCAAGGCGGAUUAACAUCUAUCGGUCUUCGUGGGGCUGACUCAGCAGUAGUUGUGACUCAAAAGAAAGUCCCAGACAAACUGCUGGAUGCCUCCACUGUGACUCACCUGUUUGAGUUAUCAGAAAGAAUAGGAUGUGUUAUGACCGGCGUGAUAGCUGAUGCUCGUUCCCAGGUUCAGAGGGCUAGAUAUGAAGCAGCCAACUGGAAAUAUAAAUAUGGGUAUGAAAUUCCUGUAGAUAUGCUGUGCAAUAGAAUUGCUGACAUUUCACAAGUUUACACUCAAAAUGCUGAGAUGAGACCACUUGGAUGCAGUAUGAUUCUGGUUGGCAUUGAUGAUGAAAAAGGUCCACAGUUAUACAAAACAGACCCUGCUGGAUAUUACUGUGGCUUCAAAGGCUGUAGUGUUGGUGUUAAGCAAACAGAGGCAAAUAGCUUUCUUGAAAAGAAGAUAAAGAAAAAACAUGCAUGGACACAAAGUGAAACUAUUGAGACAGCCAUCAGCUGCCUGUCAUCUGUGUUAUCUGCUGACUUUAAGCCAUCUGAGUUAGAAGUUGGUAUUGUGACAACUGAUAAUCCACGGUUCAAGAUCCUAACAGAAGCUGAAAUUGAUGUACAUUUGGUCGCCAUUGCAGAGCGAGAUUAGUUACUUACCAGGAACAUUGCACAACGCAGGAACUGACUGUCUAGAAGCCCAGAAAUGCUGGUUGUAGACCAUUGACUGUUAUACCAUGCUGCUUUCACUCUCUUGCAAAAUAAAACUUGAUUGAAUUCUUAA